AACGUUGGUAUUACGAGUCGAAAUACGCAGUGUCCGAAAACUCUCCCUCCCCGUGAACAGCUGGUGUGAUUAUGACGGGGCAGCGCCAGCGACAUCUCAGCGCGUUAAGGUACCAAUAAUACCCACUAGGGAGCUGAAGAAAAACGGCUGUUGCGCAGAGAGUGACUAUGAAAACUCGUGCUCAAGAGCUUGGAGCAGAGAAACAUCGAGCCCUUUCAAAUGGAUCAAUAGAAGGACUUGAUAACUUGGAAUCUGGAUCCCUUGGAGGAGUGAGCGCACUGAAGAAAACUCCGCGAAGCUCCCGGGAUGUUUCCAGACGCAUAGAAAGGUCCCUCAUCACACCUAAGUAUGGUCCUGACUGAGAAUGGAACCUCUGGCUCCGGUUACGUCCCUCACUACCUCCUCCAGGGCGACCCUUUCGCCUCCAAACUGUCGAAAGGCGCAGACAUUGUAGCCGCUGUUUACAUCUGCAUUAUAGGGGUCAUGUCAGCCACUGGGAAUGGAUAUGUCCUCUACAUGUCCGUCAGACGGAAGACAAAGUUGAAGCCCCCUGAACUCAUGACUGUGAAUUUAGCGCUCUUUGACUUUGGCAUCACAGUCACAGGGAAGCCCUUCUUCGUGGUGUCCAGCUUCUCCCACCGGUGGAUCUUUGGCUGGGAGGGCUGCCGCUACUACGGCUGGGCGGGGUUCUUCUUCGGCUGCGGCAGCCUCAUCACCAUGACUCUGGUGAGCCUCGACCGCUACCUGAAGAUCUGCCAUCAUAGAUACGGAACUUGGCUGAAGAGGCAUCACGCUUUCCUCGCCAUGGUGUUCACCUGGCUGUACGCCUCGUUUUGGGCGACCAUGCCGCUGGUGGGGUGGGGCAACUACGCCCCGGAGCCUUUCGGCACUUCCUGCACUCUGGACUGGUGGCUGGCUCAGGCGUCCGCGUCCGGGCAGUCCUUCGUCAUGUGCAUACUCUUCUUCUGCCUCAUCUUCCCCACCGUCAUCAUCGUCUUCUCUUACGCCAAGAUCAUCUGCAAGGUCAAGGCGUCCGCCAAGGAGGUCUCCCACUAUGACACCAGGAACAAAAGCAGCCAUAUUCUGGAAAUGAAAUUAACGAAGGUGGCAAUGUUGAUAUGCGCUGGUUUUUUAAUAGCCUGGAUCCCAUAUGCUGUGGUGUCGGUGUGGUCUGCAUUUGGGGCACACGACUCGAUCCCUAUUCCAGUGUCUGUAAUACCUACCCUGCUAGCCAAGUCGUCAGCCAUGUACAACCCCAUCAUCUACCAGGUCAUCGACUGCAAAAACGCCUGUAUCAAAGGCUCCUGUUUCAAAGCUUUGAAGAAACGGAAGCACUGCAACAGUUCAAGGUUUCACUCCAUUUCGGGUUCGAUUAAAGACUUGCCUCCGGACGGGGGUCGUGUUGAAAUGCAGAAAGGAGCCGGGUUGUGCUCAUCCUAACUGAGACUUGGGGGCCUGUUUCCGAAAACACCUGACUCCACCCCUUUCGCUGCUUGUCCAAUCACAAUUCAGGGUUAAGCUACACACCUAUCCUGUUACCUUUUGCUGUAAAGUGUUUAUUUUAGAAAAUGGUUUUAUAUAUUCUCAUUGUGUACAUAAAAUAUAAUGGUAUUUCUUGUUAAUGGAUUUGCACCUGUAACUAAUACCAGUGGUUUAACAAGAACAGUAUCUUAUUUUGUAUAGAUGGUCUUAUCUAACUUUCACGAUUUGUAUAUUUUUGUAUGUACAUAUAUCUAUAUCUGCAAACGGUUAGCAUACAGUGUAUCUGCAAAUGUGCAUUUUCAGUGCAGGCUGUAGCCUACACUGCACACACUAAGUGACUGGUACUGUGACUUAGGCAGGCUAAUGAACCUGUAUAGCAGGUUCAGAAACAUAAACUUGUAUAGUAGGGGAGUCACUUUUCCACCACGGUCCAAGUACUCAGCAAAGAAGUUCAAUCCUUCACCUGACUUUUGCACCUGGGCAAGAUCAUACAUCUCCUGAAAAUAAUGAGGCACUGAUGCUUUAAGAUUAUAAGAUGGCUUCGUUGAAUGUGCUGGUAUAAUUUACAUGGGGAUCGAUGACCAAGGGGCUUUUAAUAUCUGGGGUCUCCUUGUAAGCCCAGAUUUGAUAGAAUUAAUGGCCCUUCUUUACCAGACAAUAAAGUCCAAGUCUCCACAGAACCCCAGAAAGAAAGAAAGAAAGAAAGAAAAAAAAAAUUAUGAAAGCAUUAAAACAUUUUUACCUUUUUUAAAAGGAGAGAUUGAGAGGGUUCUUAAAUCUGUUUACCUUAUUGUCUAGUGUUAGCUAUCACACAUUCGGUAAGUAAUGUGAAAAUAAAACAGAAAAAAAACACUUCUCUAUUUGUAGCACAUCUAUUUCAUUCUUUCAUUAAGUACACAGCUUAGUGCACAUAGCUACAGUCUGCUAUAUCUAAAGCUGCUUUUAUUCAGAGAAUUUGUGUUCAAUUGUUUGACUAAGCUACAAUGAACUUCUGCUUUGGAUUUAAAGUAUCAGGCUGCAUAUCUUCCCAUUGCCUGCAUAUGGGGCUGUUUAACAAGUCAGUUAGCAACUAAGCAGCUUAUUGGGAAAGGGUUUUACUCCUCCAAAUAGUGGUUAGCUGGCUUCAUUGGGAAGGCCUUGAAGGCAAAUGUGUGACAGUCAAAAUGAGUCAAUAUCUGUGCCUAUUGGGCCCCCAAGAUGGAGUAGCAUCCCAGCUGUAAUAAUGCAUUUAGCCUACAGGUGACUUCUUGCAGUAUUAAGGAACGUGUUCCCUUGUACAGUCAGCUGAGGUCAGCUUUCAUAUCAUUAUGGGAGGAAUCUGUCAUAUGAGUCAUGCUGAAGCAAGCCAUACACUUUGGUUAUGAGUGAUUAGACAAUAUACACGAAUGUCAUUGCAUUGUAUAUUUCAAAUUGUAUGGGUUCAUCUCCUGUGAAGGCUUUACACUUGGGUCACAGUCACCUGCUCAGCCAAAAAUAUCCUACCAAAUAUUUACCUGCAGGUUUUGAAUCUACAAAUGUUGAACAAAAUAGAGCAUGUGUUGUCAGAUUACCUGAGGUAAUACUGGAUCAAAUAAAAAUCCUUCCUACCUCGAAGUUUUAGCAUGAAGAUGAGAUGGCUCUUGGAACAAAUUGUUUUCACUGGCACAUAAUUUAUCGAGUGAUUCCAAGCUAACAACAGAUGUGAAUUUCAUUAAGAAUUUAGUCUGAAUCUCAGAAAGAGGCAGUGACGAUAUAUAAUUGCAAUAAUAUGGCCAUUAAGUAUGAUGACCCCCCCCCCCCCCCGCCCCAACAGAUAUAUUUACAGGAUAAGUUUGCAUAUAUGCUGAUAUACAGCUGUUUGUAAUGUAUAUGCGAGUAACAAUUUUUAACAUUGGUGUAAAUACCAACAUAGUUUAGAUGUUAUACAAGUAAGCCUAAAUAAUUAAAUGGACAGAUAUCACAGAUCUUGAACUGAUCUAGCAAUCAAUCAUAUUUUGACAAGUAUUGCUUUGGAGAUCAUAAUAAGAGAGGCCCUAAACCAGGGCCCAACCCUGUUCCUGGAGAUCUACCAUCCUGUAGGUUUUCCUUUCAGCCGUAAUUUGGUACACCUGAUUCUAAGUAAUUAGCAGCUCUAGCUGUUGAUUGAGCUGCGCUUUGUUAGGGUUGGAGUGAAAACCCUACAAGACAGUAGAUCUCCAGGAACAGGCUUGGGCAGCCCUGCCCUACACCAUUAGUGCCACAGCUGUUUUUUUUUUCACUGCUUAUUUUUACCUGUAAUUAACAUAAAUGAUGUGGACAUUAGGCAAAGAACAAUCAUGGGCAUGUCGUAAACAAUGAGAGAGGCCUUCUCCUUUCACGUCACGUCAAGAAGAUACACGUUUUUGCCACCAUUAUUGGUGUGUGUGUGCGUGUUUGUGUGUGUGUGUGUGUGUGUGUGUGUGUCCUAUAUCCUCUAUGUACAGAACAUGUGUGGCUGUGUGAGAGCACUUUAUUGUUGCAUGAAGAUAAGAAAAUAAAGGAGCGGUGCCCUGCUAGGGCCAAGGUUUCUGCCUCAAUGGUCAAGCAUUGGAGAUGCUUUUGCUGGUACUAUUUUGACCUGUAUUGUGUCUGUUUAAACCUUUUCAAGUUCCACUGUGUGUCAUCUGUUUUUUGUCAAUAUGCACUUUCUCAGAUUAAAAUCGCAGCAACCUAAUCUUAGAGGAUGUCAGAGAUAUUUACGGUUUAAAUGUAGCAUCCUUGUUGGGUUCUGUAUGUACACAAUAUCCCUUUUUCGCAGUGUUGACUUUGUAUUUUGAGAAUGUUGCAUUUCAUAAUUUUGUCUUCUCUGUGAUAGUCCUCACUUUCUGUUGAAGAAUUUCUAGAGGUAUAUGAAAUGUGCUUAUGAUGACUGUUUGCCAUGUAGUGUACACGUGUCAUUCCACUCGACAUUAGAAAAUAGUGUCCAUGUCGAAAUCACUAAAACUGUUACCAGUCAUAUCCUGCUUUCACAGGUGCAGCACAGGCAUCCACAUCCAUGUCACAGCAGAUGACCUUCAACUGACCCAACUAAGCUGUCAAAAUAAACACAAAAUAAACCCUGAAA